AUGAUCAAUGGAGAUCACGGAGCAUAUUUUGUUAAUGAUACAGGUGGUUAUGCAUUAUCCCAAAGAAGGAACGCAGACGGCAAAAUCGAAAUAUCAAUAGUCGGUCCAAACUCAAUUAAAGGUUUACUUAUUUACGCACAUGACGUAAUUGGAAAUCGCAUUGGUAAUUUCGAAACAAAGGUUAAAGGCGUUGUAUCGAAAACUGAUUGUGGUGGAACUGAUACCGGGAUAAGUGAUGUAUAUAUUGAAGCUAUGAUUGUCAGAGAAUUUAGAUCUUGGUAUAUAUUAAAGAAAAUAAAAUUUGAUUAUACGGAUCCAACUUCAUCUGUUGAGAUCGAUCCUAAUGCUAAACCAACAGCCUCUACCAAUAACAAUCAAUUUUUUGAUAGAUUUGGUUUUUUUUCAAUAGCAUUCACUUGUGCUUUAUUAAUUUAUUCAUUUGGCGCAUUUGUUGAAUACUUGUUAAAAAAACAAGAUAUCAAAGCAAAAACAUUUUUAAAGUCUUUUUAA